UCUGAAUCUGUUCACUUUGAUAAGAAAACUCUCUCUCUCUCCCCCUUGUGUGUGAAGAAAUUCAGUAAUGAAAUUUGCGCGGGUGCAGACUGCAGAAAAUAAGAGUACUGUUUUGGGUUUGUUGUUUGCAUCCUCAAUGGAACCGCUGCAAACUUUCAUAAAGUUGGUGGUGACCGGAGUCUCACGCCUCUCCGUAUUAUUCCUCUCUCUCUCUCUCUCUCUCGAGUCAGUUGGUAAUUGGUAUCCGAUCGGCGGCACCUUUUCAGUCUAUUCUCUUUAUAAUCCCAACAUGGCCGUUCACGACCAAUACCCCCCGCCCAAAUCUCUCUUCCUGAAAAGGAACGGGCAAGGCAACCUUUUGGGGAGCUCUUGAUCACUCUCUGCAAUGUUCCUCAACAAUGGAGUUUCAAUCAACACCGGCAAGAAGAGGAAAGAAGUUUCGCCCGACGCGACAAUGCUGCCGCAAACCACCACCGACUACAACUCUCUCCAACACGUCUCUGCUGCUCUUCGUCGAGUCCGACAACCGUCACCACUAACACCGCCACCGCAGGAUACGAAUCUGCUGCCUCUCUUAUCCUUCACAUCUCUGUUAAACGAAGAUCGCACUGCCGAAAUCGUAGAACAGAGUGACCAGAUUGACGAAAUAAUCAGAACCCAUGCUGAACAGUUGCAGCGCGCGUUAGCAGACAAAUGGCAGGGGCACUACCGUACCCUACAGUGCGCAGCGGAGGAGAGAGCGGCGAAGAGGCUGAAAGAGAGAGAAGGGGAGAUGGAGAAGAUGGUGCGCAGGAACGCAGAGUUGGAACAGAUGGCGGCGCGUUAUAGCGCGGAGGCGGAAGUUUGGCGUACAGAAGCAAAGCGAUUGGAGAACACGGUGGGGACGUUGAGGGCAUCGCUUUUGAAGGCUACAGUGCGCGGCGGGCUAGGGUGCGGCGGGAGUGCAGGGGUGGCAGCGGCGGAAGACGCCGAGUCGUCGUACGUUGACCCGGACCGAGUCGAACCGGUGAGCCUGGCGUGUAAAGGGUGCGGGAAGCGGGUCGCGACGGUGAUGAUGUGGCCAUGUCGGCACAUGUGCGUUUGCAAGGGAUGCGACAUCGUAUCCAAAACCUGCCUUGUUUGUCGAUCUAUCAAGACCACAAGCAUCGAAGUCGUUCUCUCUUAGGCAAACCCAAACCCGAGCACAUCUGCAUCUUCUUUUAACACAGUUUUUGGUCUCUUGUUUGUGUGGACUGAAAGAAUAAAUGAAUUCGAUUCAUGAUACAUUCAACUUGUUCUUCGAGUUAUGAUCACAUUAUUUGAAGUUUUGAAUUGUUAUUUGGGUUUUCAAUCUAAUAUUUGGUUGUUACA